CAAAAUUUCAGUGUUUUUUUUUUUGGAAUUUUCGAAAAUAUAAACCCUAAUGCAGUCUGAGUUGAGACUAUUUCUCCCGAUUCACGACCUGCGGCCCUAUCUAUAUAGAAUCCGGAGGUAAAGGAUACAUCUAACACAACUAAAUUUGCAGUUAAUACAAGUAUGGCAGCAGAUCGAAAGGACUCAAAGGAGGAUGUCGAGGCAUACAAAGCAAUGGUGGUACAACGGGAGGCAGAGGUUCGCGUAUUAUUUCCGCCCAGAUUCGAUUUUUCCAAGGUGUGUUCCUGCAACGAAUGUUCUGCGAAAAUAAAGGUUCUCAAGGAAUUUGAGGCAAAUCUGCGGUCUAGAGAUGCAUUAGUCCAAGAUCUUGUAGACAAAGUGGCUCGAGAUCAGGAUACUAUUGUGCACGUCUUUACUGCCGUUGAGAGGAUGGUAUGGUUGUGGGAUAUUCUUAAUGGUAACCUUCAAGGACUAGACGAGAAGACAGGAGGAGGCAUAUUGGAGAUUAAAAGAAGUAAAUCUGAAGAUGAUAUGAGGAAGAUGUAUUCUGAAUUUGCUGCAAAGCUAAUGGAUUAUGAACUCCUAUCUGAACCUGAAUUUAUAGAUGCAAGAAAUCCUGGUGCAGAGUAUGCUGAUACUCAUUCUCUCAAACUUGAGAUGGAAGCUGCUCUUCAUUUUAUUAACAAAUCCAAAUCUAAGGGUGUCGUGCACAACAUCUUACACAAGAUUGAAGCCAUCGAACAAAAUCAUGAACGAGAGCAGCGAAAUGCUGAAGAACAAGAAAGACCGUUUGAUAUUUCAAUAUCCAAGAUGCACAUUGUCAACCAAAUUAAUUGUUUAGAGGAGUUGCCUGUUGGCGAGAUACAUCGAGAAUGUCAAGAGGUUUUGCAAAGUCUUGAUCCCAAGCUUGUGAACUCGAUCUAUGGAGCGCAUGACAAGAUCGAUAAAACUUACAAGAAAAUGAUUGGUAUCAGAAGACAGUUUUGGAAACGAUAUGAAAGGACUGUUUCCCUCGCAAGCAACAAAGACCAGGAGAAACACAGCUGGAGUGGAUUGGAGAAAACACUAUUUUCAUUAGGCCAGCAGGCUGAACGCUUUAACAAGUGGUGGAAGACAUUUGAGCAACACGUCACUCUAUGUCAAGGAUCAGACCCUAAAAGUUUAAAGACAAGCCCUCCUUAAUUUGUCUGUUAAAGAACGAAUUCCAAACCAUAACAAAGAAAGCAGGCAACAUGGAAUUUACUCAUAUGAACUAUACACUCUUUGAAUAAAUUCCACUUUUGAUUCCACAAGUGUUGCACCAAUUUCACAUUUGGUUCACGUCUUUGACCAUUUUUGGUGCAUGACUAUUGUUUUUUGCUCAUAUAUGAUCUUUGCGUCAAUGUUUGCGGUGAUUAAAAUCGUUUCACUACAA